AUGCCACCGCCCAAGUCGAGACAGCAGCCCCAGCCCGUGGAGGAUAGCAAGACCAUCGGCGCCCACUUCAAGAAGGCGGGCAAGGACAAGGACCAGGAUGCGGCCGAUGCGCCGACCGAUCUGGGCGACGCGCAGGGCGCCGACGGCGCCGCGCAGGAGGCGGAGGAUCGACAACAUGGUGAUCGUGACCCUGGCCGUGGUGCUGGUGGCUCUGGCUCUGCCAGCUCUGGCCCGAUGGAUGUUGAUGGUAAAGGCGCCAAGGCCGCCACGCCGCACUUCCCCGCGGGGCCCGCGGGGGGGUGGCCGUCGCCUGGGCCUGCGGGCUCGCCCGCGACCCCCGCGCCUGCGGGCUCGCCCACGCCCCCCAUGCUGUGCGGCCCGAGCACGCCCAACAGUGAGUGCGCCAUGGGGGUGGUGGAGGCCGAGGCCGUCGGCGACGGCCAGUUCAAGUGCAAACGGUGCAACGUUCUGUGCAGCAACGACGAGAGGCAGAUCGUGCAACGGAGGUCUACCGAGGACUGCAUCUCUUGCGGCAAGAGCUACAAGGCACUCACCAACAGGUGGCGCAAGAACGGCAAGCUCAAGGAGUGGUGGAACAACAAAUCGGCUCAGGAGAAGACCUUGUGGUACCAGGAGCACAGGAACAAGCAAGCCCCCAAAGAGUUAAUGGUGGGGGAGGCGUCGUCGACGCAGGAGGUGCUGCAGGGAGACACGUCUCGGAUCCACUGGAAGCCUUGGAGCAUUGUGAAGCGCGAUCUCUUUAUGGAGGGCUUCACGUCGGAGCAGGAUCAACUGGCGGAGUGGAGGAGCCGCAUCUUAAAGGGCAUCUACAAGGUCCAGAAGGACGAAGAGACACAGCAGUGGUUGGUCGGGGAGUACCAGGGCAAGUUUCAGGACUUGACCAGGCAGCAGCGCUUGUCGGGCUCAGUGAAACGCGACGCCUGCGAGCUCACCAGCGCGGAGGACCUCCAGAACUUCAUGGCCGACAUUAAGAACACGAUGGAGGACGGCGCGCCGACUGACGUCCCCGAGCAGUGGAUCGCAUCGCAUGUGGAGGCCGAGCAGUGGGGCCCCGUCUUGGGGCUCUCCAUCACGGACGGCCUCAUGGAGAUCGAGCAGCACAACCAGAAGGCGGACGAGUACAAGCGCCUGUGCAACAGGGAGGAUACCGAGGCGGCGGCCAUCAAGCCAAUGGAGGAGGCCAUCGAUGCGAAAUCCAUGAAGGCAGUGGCCAAGCGGCAGGCCGCCAAGAAGCUCACGGACGCGAUGCGCCAGAAGCUCGUUGACGGCCUCAAUGCAUUGGCUCCUUUGGCCCAAAUGCCCCCCCCGUCCCGAUCGUCCAUCUUUGUCGUCGUUCUCCUCAGCUCCCUCCUCAUUCAGGUUUCCGAGAGCGUGGACGUCAGGGGGUUCAUGUCCGAUAGGUUGACCAGUGACGCUUUGAAGGAGGAGCCGAUCGCGGGACUUGUCGCCAGGCUGGUGGUCUUCGAGAAAGAGACGCCGAAUAUCGUGACAAAUGUAGAUGCCUUGCUGAUGAAGAUUGCCAAUAUGAGCGACGACGCCUCGUGGAACUUCAACCUGGAGCCCAUCAAGGCCGCCCUCAAGGAUGCGAGCGAGAAGACCAGGGCGGAUGGCACCCACUGGUCCGACUUCAGGAAGGCAAUCGCGGAAUGCAAGACCGCGGCCCAGAAGAAGGUGGAUGCGGCCGCUGGCUCUACACUUAAGAAGAAGAAGCUCACAGAUAAAGCCAAGGACGCGAAGGACACCAAUUGCAGCGCGGACAUGGCCAACAAGCUCGUGUUCGUCGGCCUCUCCGUUGAGGAGCUCAACGGCGGCGUCAACAUCGAGACCACCUUCGAGGCCGUCCAGGGCCCUGGUAAAGCCUCGGUGAUGCAGGUGCCGCAGCUCAUGGAGGGCGUACAGAAGGCUAACGGCUGGAACGCUCUCGACUCGUGGCUCAAGGAGAAGGUCAAGGCCGAGGAGAACAUUUGCUUUGGCGCGGUGACCCAGCCUGAGAUCGUCGCCUCCGCGAAAUCAUCGCUGCUUGCUGUCCGCGCCGACAGCGUGCUGUUCCGCACGGCGUUCCUGGCGAAGUCGCCCCAGCUCGCGAAGCUGACCAAGGCGAUGUUCGGCAUGCAGGCUUUCUUCGCCCCGCGGAAGCACACGCAGGUGUUGCCGCCCCCUUUCGGGAUUGGCGAGGUGCGGGCCGUCUUCGAGGGCAAGGAGCUCGUGGUGGCGCAGCAGAUGGUCGGGGAGCCGCUCGACGCGCAGAUCUCCAAGCUCCAGAGCAUGAGUUCGGGGGACCUGCUCAACUUGAUCCGCGAGGCCCCCAACUUUGCGCUCAUCAUCAAGCAGGGCGACGUCGCCUGGCUGCCGACGGGGUUCGUGUACAUGAUAUUCCACCUGAUGCCCACCAUUGGGAUGCGGUGGGGGUGCUUCCCCAGCUGGGCAGGGGAGGCCAGCCGCUCACGCAGGGUUACGGUCGCGACGAUGGAGGCAUUCUCUAAGAUGAAGGGGACGGUGUUGGAAGACUGGAACACGAUGCUUGCAACGCUAGCCGACCAGCCA